CGCGUAUCUCGCGCCAGACAGCGCGUUAGGACAGCUCCUCCGCGCGCCUGCGCCGUGACGGGCUCUGCGCAGGCGCAUUUUCAACGCUUGGGAGUCGAGGGCGGGGUAUCGUCCCUUUCGCUGAUGCAAGAGCUUAGUGCGGUUGUGGGAGAGGUGUUGGUGAGAUCUCUACCGCGGCUGAGGCCUGGGGCUAACCUGUCCGACUUCUCGUCCGUGCGGAUCCUACUCGAGCCGCAGCCAUGUCCGGAGACGAGAUGAUUUUUGAUCCUACUAUGAGCAAGAAGAAAAAGAAGAAGAAGAAGCCUUUUAUGUUAGAUGAGGAAGGGGAUGCCCAGACCGAAGAAACUCAACCCUCAGAAACAAAAGAAGUGGAGCCAGAGCCCACUGAGGACAAAGAUGUAGAGGCUGAUGAGGAGGACAAUAGGAAAAAAGAUGCCUCUGACGAUCUAGAUGACUUGAACUUCUUUAAUCAAAAGAAAAAGAAGAAAAAAACAAAAAAGAUAUUUGAUAUUGAUGAGGCGGAAGAAGGUGUAAAGGAUCUUAAGAUUGAAAGUGAUGUUCAAGAACCAGCUGAACCAGAGGAUGACCUUGACAUUAUGCUUGGCAAUAAAAAGAAGAAAAAGAAAAAUGUCAAAUUCCCAGAUGAGGAUGAAAUUCUAGAGAAAGACGAAGCUUUAGAAGAUGAAGACAGCAAAAAAGAUGAUGGUAUCUCAUUCAGUAACCAGACAGGCCCUGCUUGGGCAGGCUCAGAAAGAGACUACACGUAUGAGGAGCUACUGAAUCGAGUGUUCAACAUCAUGAGGGAAAAGAAUCCAGAUAUGGUUGCUGGAGAGAAAAGGAAAUUUGUCAUGAAACCUCCACAGGUCGUCCGAGUAGGAACCAAGAAAACUUCUUUUGUCAACUUUACAGAUAUCUGUAAACUAUUACAUCGUCAGCCCAAACAUCUCCUCGCAUUUUUAUUGGCUGAAUUGGGUACAAGUGGUUCUAUAGAUGGUAAUAACCAACUUGUAAUCAAAGGAAGAUUCCAACAGAAACAGAUAGAAAAUGUUUUGAGAAGAUAUAUCAAGGAAUAUGUCACCUGUCACACAUGCCGAUCACCUGACACAAUCCUGCAAAAGGACACCCGACUCUAUUUCUUACAGUGUGAAACUUGUCAUUCUCGAUGCUCUGUUGCCAGCAUCAAAACCGGCUUCCAGGCUGUCACGGGCAAGCGAGCACAGCUCCGUGCCAAAGCUAACUAAUUUGCUGAUCACCACUGAUUUGGCAAAGUGUGUUGUGGAAAUUUGGCUGGACAGGUUUACCAUCAGAGUGGAUAUACCAUUGUAUUAAAAAACAAGAUAGAAAAGCUGCCAAGCUCUUUGGUGUGUGGCUGGUUGGUCUGAAAUCCUUGCAAGAUGCCGAUGCUCAAGCUGUUGACAUAAUCAUUGCCCACAUUAACAACUGUCAGAGAAACAAGAUGGGGUAAGGUGGUGCUUUUUAAAAAUCGUUCACAGACUUCUGUAAAAUGCAAGAGAAAUUAAAGUUAUUAUAACAGUGAUUCUUUCAAUUUGGUUUGUCCUUCAGUUUUCUAAAAAAAUUGUGCUUAAUGAAUUCAGCAGAACAGUUUGGGCCUGGGAUCUGGUGAGGUUUCUGCAUCUUUAUCCUAAAAACUGGACACUGGCAGUGACUUCAGCUGGGCAGCCGUUUUCCUCUCAGCUUCUUCUGAGAUGCAUAAAGUAGACACAGCAUCCCACGAGAGGGUGGUUGGAGCAUGAGAUUUGGGAGGACAGCCUAUUUUUAGUGUCCAGGAAUGACUACAUAGAUAGGAAUUCAUUUCAUUAUGUGAGGAUUGUUGCUACUACCUCACUGCCAAGUUCUCUAGCUGUCACCAUGAGGGAAUACAAGGUGCUAGGUACCCUCCCUCCUUUGAAUUUUCUUAUUGGCCACCAAGAGAAUCUUAGAAAUGGCUGUGAAGUGUGUCUCAUAAGAGAUAUGGUGUGUGCAGUACAAAAAAAAACAGUCUAAACCAUGAUACUAGAGGAAGUUUUUCUUUUUCUUCCACAACUUGUGUUCCAGGUUUGAAAAGACCCACCACAAAUGCUUUUCUAUUUUCUGUAUUAAAGUAUCUUUUGAAAGAGGUGAUGCUGCCUGUGUGUGGUGCUUCUGGUGCCUCCAGUUCUGCCUUCUGAGGAUUUGGCUAAAAGGGUAUUUCUCCAUUGAGCAUGAGGGAAAGAUCAUCUUAUGUGUCUGCUGUGGUUGCCUUGCACGCACUUGCCAAGGAUGAGGGCAUAAUGUUGCUCCUACUUUCUUGGUGCAAGACUAAUCCUAAGCAGCUCAGAAGCAGCCAGUCACUUGGCCCUGAAUGUCUUGACCAUGGUUGUUUUUAAUCACUGUGACCCUUAAUUUUAAAGUACAAGCCAAGUGUUAUAAUAAAACACUUUGGCCAUAAAGUGUUGGAAGGAGCAGAGCAUUCCUUCAAACUGGCUGAGCUGUGGCCACUGCCCUGAUGAACUCAACUGCUGUUUAUAAUGCCAUCUUCCUUUUGUAUCUGCCCACACAAUUCCCAAUGUUGGAUGUUACUGAGUGAAUAAAGCAAGGAUCAGUGCCUCUUGUGUAA